AUGACAAAACGAGUCAACGAAGCUGGUGAGGUUGACGAAAGUGAUGACACUCAUCAUCGAACGUCAAGUUCUUCGCAUCGAAGCCACCGUAGUAAUAAUAGUAAUAAUAAUAAUAAUAAUAAUAAUGGCCGCAACCAUCGAGCCUCACGUGGAAGACGACGAAAGCAUGGAAGCCGUCGGAAUGAAGCGGAUGAUGCCGAUGCCCAACGAAAACAAGAAUUAAGAGAACAACGCCGAGCUCAGAAUAAUACUACUGGAAUGAGAGGUUCGUCUCAAGAAAUGAUGGCGGAAGGUUCGGCCAUGAUGAUUGGAGACGAGUUGAAUGCGGCCAAUGUGCAAACUGUGCCAGCCACAACAGCAACAACAACAACGACAUUAGCAAGAAAUGAAUCGUCAGGGUCCAGAAGCCGUGCUGGUCAGAAUCGUCCUACCAAGCCAAAACAUGGUCCGCCCGCUCAAAUCGGUGCUGUGGCCGCUGUGGGACGAGCCUACGGGGCAGCACCUAGACGUGGUGAUACGACGAACAACAUGACUCGAAGUAUGGUGCAGAAUGGUCCGCUCCUGACCCAAGAAGAAAUUGAUGAAUUGACUCCCAAGGAAGCCAUGGCCAUGAAUGUCCAAACCGUCGAAGACUACGAAGCAGACGAAAAACGAGAACGAAGGCGUAAACAGAAAUUGGAAGAGGAAAAGAAACGCCUCAAGAAGGAUAUGGCCAGCAACAAUCCAGCACCAAAUGCAGUAUUGGUGGCCAUUGCGCAACCAGAUAAAGGAGACAGCGAUGAUAAUGAUUCUGACGAUAGUUCCGAUGAUGAUGACGAUGAUGAUGAUGGCACGGAAUCGGAAAAUAGAUUCAAGACGCUCUUUAUCAUUGUUGGUGUUGUGGUCUUGUUAAUUGCUGUGAGUUGUACAGCCUACUUUGUGACAAGAGUCAAACAGGAAAUUUCUGCAGCUGCCGCUCUUCCAUCGAACCAACCGUCCGUAGGGUCCACACCCAACCCGACGGCAACUCCCAGCACGAGUCCAAGCACAACCCCAAGCACGGAUCCCACCGAUCGAAACUAUGAUCCACCAUCCGAAGAAGACUGUCUCGCCAUAUUGAAUGGAUCGCAAGUGACUGGCCAAGAGGGAAUGAUACCGUGGCCGUGCAAGGUAACCGUAAAUGUCCAAGUGACGGGAGAUUCGAAUGCUACAGAGGUGGCAGCAACCUUGGAGAAGAUGAUUCAAGAGAUUCUUAUUUUAGAGUUGGCGGGUUGCCCUCCUAUUAGUGGAAACCGUCGCCGCAGACUGCAAAGCCGCCAAGGGAAUGGCAAUGGGAGACUUCGCCAUCUCGUUGGGAAUGCCAUCGUGAAAGCAGUGCGUUCCACAUUGAACCGUUGUUCUGAGGGCCAACAGCAGAACCAGACCUGCUACGAAAUGGAGGCUAUCAUGGAUACCUUCCUCAGGGGAAAUGAGAAUGGCGAUAUGAUUGUUCAAACUAUUACUAACAUUGUCAAAGACUCGGUCCAAAAGCUUGUGGCGUCGGAGCCAGCAUUUGAAGACAUUGUUGUGCAGAGCAUUACGAGGAAUUAUGAUGAGCUGACCGCACUUCCGACCGGGUCUCCUUCCUUAAUGCCCUCCUUCUCGAAUAGCUCCUUAUCCUUCGGGCCGACAGAUUCGCCAUCUGGAUCACCGUCUCUUGUUCCAACCGCUACUUUGGCAACCCGCAAACCUUCUGCCAGUCCAAGCAUGCUUCCAUCGACUAGUCCCACAAAGGUUGUCACCAAGAACCCUACGAGAAGUCCAACCAAUAAUCCAACCAAGAGUCCAACCAAUAAUCCAACCAGAACCCCAACGGCAAGCCCCACCACCGAGCAGGACAGCAACAGCAACAACAAUGACAAUAUUUGCGUGGAAGACCUUGUAGCCAACACAAUACUAAAUGAUGAUCCCCUCGAACUUCUGGUGGAUCCCUUCAAUCCAAGAAUGCGGGUUCCUUGUACUGGGACCAAUCCCAUUGUGGCUUACGCUCUAGCAGACUACGAUGACUGCAGUGGAAGGUGUAUUGCCAUUUUGGAAUUGGCACAACUAGAUCGGUUGUUUCGUGGAUGCGAUGAUUUUGGGCACAUUUUGGUGGCAUUGCCGGGGGAGUAUUUGGGAACCUACAUUACCAUGUUUCAAUCCAAGACGUCGAUUGUUACAGAUGCUUGUCCUCCAAAUGAUGAUAAUGAUAAUAAUAAUGACAAUGGAGCACUCCUUGCACUCCAGCAGUACAAUCCUGGACGGCAAUGUCAGGAUUAUGAAAGUUUUCAGGAUAGUGACUUGAACACGUGUGAAAGAUACGCCGGAUUGUAUCCAAUCUUGCAGUGUCCCGAGUUUGAUGAUGACUUCUUUACCGACAGCAAUGGCUUUACUGCGUUUGAUGCCUGCUGCUGGUGUGGAGGUGGAUAUUAUUUGAAUUGA